AUGGUGAAGACCGACGAUAUCGGAUUGUGCUGGGUCAAGACACUGGAAAUUAUGUCGCACGCCAACCCACAAUGCGCAAGAAUGUUGCAGGGACUCAUGAUGUUACAAUUCCUGUCACCGGGUGGUGCUCGGUAUCAUACGGGGAAAGUCGAGGAUCAAGACGAAUCACGAGGCAAUGUGUACCGCCCGCAAACGUUCCACAUAGGUUGUCAGUCUCCCACUUUGCGACCCGAGAGAGCAACGAUGGGGCCACCAGACAGAGCCGUUCGUUGGGGUAACUCAAUGGAACAUCAAUCAGGUAUACAGAAAGGACUCCCACGCAGAAUCUGUUGUAGAUCAAGUUACAGAAAGUGCAUUCAGUUGCCACCCCAGUUAUUGAGCGCUGGUGGGAGAAAUCUAAGGAGUCAAGAAAAAGAAGAAUGUGAGCGCGUGCCUGCUUUGCAGGAGAACAUUCGCGCCCGUUAG